UCUAUGAGUUAGGUUUUAAGUACUCUUCAAAGAUGGCGGCCCCCAUAGGGAUCAUGCUGAGACCUUUUGCAUCGAGUUAUGGUCUAUUGCUUUCGAAAUACACUGUUCCGGUCGUGUCUCAAAGCAGGUCAUUAUUCUGGCGUAAGAAGAACAAGGAAGUUGAAGAGGGAGAAGUUAGAAAACGAGUGAAUUUUGAUGGUCCAACUACCUCUGAUCGUGUCCAGUCACUGAAGAAGAAAACGUCAGUGAGGACAAACAAGGCCUAUGAUCCUCCUGGAGACCUGGAGGAGAGGUUGGAGCAGCUCGUCAGUCAGGUGUGCGGGGACAGUGUGGGGGAGUGGAGGCAGGUCGACCUGGCAGACAGGAGGGUCAAGUUCAAGCUGCUGACAAGGCUGAUGAGGGAUCUGGACCACACCGUUCCCAACCUCGCAUUGGACGGCAUGGCAACGAUGGAUGACGUCCUCGCCUACUUCUCCACACCGGUCCGAAACACAGCUGCUUACAAUGACCUUGCGAAGCUGGACCUGCCCAAAAACUUGCACAUUCAAUUGGAGCCUUUACGAUUUGACAAAGACACGGAUACAAUGUUCGGUGGAAAGACUGCCUUCCCUCAUAGGCCAACAAUAGUGUCUAGUUUGCGUUACAAACACAAGUAUGGCAAGGAGAAGAACUAGUGAUGUGAUGUGUGCUGGUUGUGUAUGUUAUGUCUGAUGUCAGAGAGGAGAGCUUAGUGCUAGUGGGACAAGGCCAGCAAUAGGACAACAUGAACAUAUUCUACCAAGUGAGCUAUUGGAUACGAGGUCAAAUUUGAAAAAAAUCAUUUCAGGCUGACCAGAGGCUAUUGCCCAAAAGGUCAGCAGAGGUUCUGCGAGACAUAGGGGUUGGUUGGUUAGUCAAGUGGUGAGUGCUCCCCUGGGUUUGAUUCAGAUGGUUUCAGAUGUGUCUUGGAUUUCAGGAUUGAUGAAAGCUACAGAGAAUCUAUCCUAGUCACACUUCAAAAUUCAAACCAUUCAUUGGCUUCUAUUACACACCACUGCAAGAAACCAAUGUGACAUUAUGGUGCCAAUGGCUAGAAGUAGAUGAAUAUGUUAUAUAUCACAUAUUUAGUUUCACCAUUUUCUAGGGGCAUGGGUGUCUAGGGCCACGGCCACCACAGUUUUCUGUGCAAAGCUUUGUCUCUUGGGCACACCAGAAACCUAUGAUUGUGGGUUCGAAUUCAGGUUUGCCCCGAUUAUGUUUCUAGGUUUGUCAGCUCCAUGCCUGUGUUCAUGAGUUGUUGGGACCUGCAUCACUGUCUUUUCUAAUUAAGGUGACAUGCUGUGAUAUAACUUGAAUACUUACAAAGCACCAUUAAACCCAACUCACUCUCUCACCUGUUCCUAAACACAUGGAAACGUUGUUGAAAACAUCAGCCAAUUUUCUUUUGUUCAUGUUGUUGCACAUUCAUUACAUUGUGAAACAUUGUUAAAGCAAGAGAAGUUACCUCCCUUGUCUCCCCCCCCAUAGUGUGAUUGUCUACUCUCAGCAGGUCAGUGUGUGACUUCGGACCUGAGCCGUCAUAAUCUUGUUGAAUGGUUGCUUGAGAUUUGUAUCCCAUAUAUAUUGACUGUAAUAUCAGACUUGGAAACACAA